AUGGAGAGCUUCAUGAGCGACCGAGGAGCAGACGGGCGGUCCGAAGCGACUUCCCCCUUACCGCGGCAGCAGCAGCAGCAGACAGCCACCCACCUCUUCGCUCGUUUCCCACAUGUCCGCGAGUUUUUCUGUGGCGGUACAGCCGCUGCUAUCAACAUCGUCGUCACGUUCCCUCCGAACAAAGUCAUGUUUCGACAGCAGUUAUUCGGGUUAAAUACAUGGCAAGCUUUUGACAACGUGCGCAGUGAAGGCUGGACAAUGUUGUACCGUGGCGUCACGCCUCCGCUCGUGCAAGCGAUGGUGUCCAAGUCCAUUAUGUUUGGACUGUACAAUUUCUACGACGACAUGCUGGUCCAGAGCUUUGGGGAACGGCCAGGACUGAACCUCAUUGCAGCAGCAAUGGCAGGCACGUCUGAAGCUGUGCUGGCACCAUUCGAGAGGGCACAGACGCUGCUCCAAACGCCUAAAUUUAAUCAAGAAAUCGCAGGCGCAUACGAUGCGAUGGUCCAUGUCAAUAAAUACGGCCUGAGAGAGCACUACCGAGGUCUUUCAGCUAUUCUGUGUCGGAAUGGACCGGGAAACAUUUUGUUUUUUGGACUGCGUACACCGCUGCGCCAGUUGUUCCCCAUGGGCGAGACAACAGCAGCGACGAUGACGAACGACUUUAUCUGCGGCGCCAUGCUGGGCGCUAUCAUUAGUACUUUCACAUUCCCUAUCAACGUGGCUCGGACACGCAUGCAGAGUGUGUACGGACAACCUUUUAUCGGGCCAUGGGAGGCGCUGCAGCUUACGUACCAAGAGCGAGGUCACAGUGUGAGGAAGUUGUAUCGCGGCGUGCAGGUGAACUUUUUCCGCUCGCUAUUGUCCUGGGGCAUUAUCAACUCUACCUACGAGAAAUUAAAAUCAAUGACAUGA